CUCUCACCCUCCAGUGCCGACGGUAGAGACUUUCUUCCAGGGGCUUCCUCCUCACUGGGGAAUUGCCGGAAAGCGCAAACAAAAAAGGCGCUGGUGUGGGCUCCAAAAUAAACACAUCUGCAUUCAUGAUGGCAUCGACUGAGGCUCUUUUUGGAUUAAAAGUUUCAAAACAAACAAUAACGCUUUGGAAAAAGGGUUGAAUGCGUGCCUGCUUCUUCAGGCAUGACCAUGGAGAAAGGAGGGAACAUACAACUGGAGAUCCCUGACUUCAGCAACUCUGUCCUGAGCCAUCUAAAUCAGCUGCGCAUGCAGGGCCGUCUGUGUGAUAUUGUGGUCAAUGUGCAAGGACAAGCUUUUCGGGCUCACAAAGUGGUACUGGCUGCCAGUUCCCCCUAUUUCCGGGAUCACAUGUCCUUGAAUGAAAUGAGUACUGUCUCCAUUUCAGUCAUCAAGAACCCUACUGUUUUUGAACAGCUCCUUUCUUUCUGUUACACAGGGCGGAUAUGCCUGCAACUGGCAGAUAUCAUCAGCUACCUAACAGCUGCUAGUUUUCUGCAGAUGCAGCAUAUUAUAGACAAGUGCACACAGAUCCUGGAGGGCAUUCAUUUCAAAAUUAACGUGGCUGAGGUUGAAGCAGAAUUAAGUCAAACAAGGACCAAGCAUCAAGAGAGACCUCCAGAGUCUCACAGGGUCACACCAAAUCUAAACCGCUCCCUUAGCCCUCGACAUAAUACCCCAAAGGGAAACCACCGGCGGGGACAGGUCAGUGCUGUGCUGGAUAUCAGAGAGCUAAGUCCUCCUGAGGAAUCCACCAGCCCUCAGAUCAUUGAACAGAGUUCUGAUAUAGAGAGCCGGGAGCCCAUUCUCCGGAUCAACCGAGCAGGACAGUGGUAUGUGGAGACAGGAGUAGCAGAUCGGGGUGCCCGGAGUGAUGAUGAAGUUAGGGUUCUGGGAGCAGUGCACAUCAAAACUGAAAAUCUGGAGGAGUGGCUUGGGCCUGAGAAUCAGCCUUCUGGAGAAGAUGGGAGUAGUGCUGAGGAAGUCACAGCCAUGGUCAUUGACACCACAGGCCAUGGAUCUGUAGGACAGGAAAGUUACACUUUGGGGUCUUCAGGGGCCAAGGUGGCUCGGCCAACAAGCAGUGACAUUGACAGAUUUAGUCCCUCUGGCAGUGUGGUUCCCCUGACAGAGAGACACAGAGCCAGAAGUGAGUCUCCUGGGAGAAUGGAUGAGCCCAAGCAACCCAGCUCACAGGUAGAAGAGUCAGCAAUGAUGGGGGUAAGUGGCUACGUGGAGUAUCUCCGGGAGCAAGAAGUAUCUGAGCGGUGGUUCCGAUAUAACCCCCGGCUCACCUGCAUCUACUGCGCCAAGUCUUUCAACCAGAAGGGCAGCCUGGACCGCCACAUGCGCCUGCACAUGGGCAUCACACCAUUCGUUUGCCGCAUGUGUGGCAAGAAGUAUACCCGGAAAGAUCAGCUGGAGUAUCAUAUCCCAUCACAAGUCUAAACCAUUUCAAGCCAGUCUCAACAGCCUAAGUGAGUAGAUUUCUGCCUUUAGGCACAUCUUGAAGUAAGCAUCAGUGACGUAUUUUAAGGUGAGCUACUGAGUUUCCCAUAAAGAAAUCCCAACUGUAGUGGUUAAGAAUCACUCAAAAACUGAAAUGCUAUGCAGGGAACAAAAUUUAAAAUAUGUUUCCACUGGAAACCAAGAUGCUAAGACAGAGGUCACUCAAAGUGUGGCUAAAAGCCACCUCUGGAAUGGCUAUCAGAUAGCAGAGAGAUUUAGAAUUUAUAUGGUAUUUCUAAUAUUUUUACAGAAAUAAUUAUAAAUCGUAUACCUUAAUUUUUUUUUUUUUUAAAGAAAAACAGCCUGUUUUCUUUUUUUGGAAGACUGGCCCAUAAAAAUGACACUAAUAUAAUUGAACUGUAUAUGCAUGUGCAUUGAACACAAAAUCGUAUACUAAUGAUAGUUCACACAAGUAAUUUUUGUGGGAAGUCUAGAUAUUUUCAUAAUAUCUUUUUUCAUAAAUGUAUGUUUAUAAAUAUAUUUACUCAUUCACUAUGUCCUUGGUAGCAUGGAAGCAUUUUGUUAGCUGUAUUAUUGAUUCUAAAAAUCAAAUUCUAGGCAUAGUAGGCUAUCAGAGCAUCUUGUUAAGUCUGUAUUUUGGCUAAGAAAAUUCUUGCACUUUCUAUGUAUAAAGAUGUUAUAACAUUGUAUUCAUUUAGUGAAGCUGUUCUUUAGAGACACAAGAUAUAGGUGUUAAAGUGAAAUAUAUGUUUAAAACCCUGGCAAAAAGAGGGACCUCAGAAAAAGAAACUUGGCUUGCAUCUACCUGAGAAGAGUGAGGAUUAAUGUAACAUUUCAGCUGAAGUAGCUGUUGCUAUAGGCAUACUCUUGCUGUGAAUUACAAUAUUGCUGUGAGUUGUUGGCUAUGUGUGAGUUUCUGAGUGUAUGUGAAGAAAACAAGGUGUUGAAUAAAGGCAGAUAAAGUCAGUAGAAUAUUCUACCUCCCAGGAAAGAUGGAGCACAUGAAGGCUGGUCUGCAGCCCUGGGCAGGAGGCCAAGCUCCUCAGCCACUUCUGUCCCCACUUCUAUCCAGUACUCACUUCAGCUCCUCUACCUCUGAGCCCUUGGCUGAAGAAUGAGUGUAGCUUUCUGUAGCAGGCCAGGGAAACCAUACCUACUGCGGAGGGUGCAGUAGCGAAAUCCUUGUCAGGUGCAGAUACUCAUGUUGAUUUUAUUGCCUAAAAUCAGUGUCAGAACACAAUGCUUAGUGCUUUUGUCUACUGGCUUCUAUUUGACAAGAGUCAAAUAGAGUCUUUGUUUUAAAAGAUGCACCCACUCUUAAUUAGGUGAAACAUUUAUUUGAGUUACAAUUUUCUUUCUUAAUCAUAAUUUGUAAUUCACUGUUCAGGGUCUGAAAUAUUAACCAUAUUUUCCUGAUAGAGCCUCCUGCUAAUGUCUUACAUGGAAGUGUGGUGACCUGGAUUUUCAGAGGAUUUGUUUUGCUUUUGAUCACUCCAAAGAGGGAUACUCUUCUUUAAUGCUGAUACUUGAAUGUUGCAGGUGUAAGAUUCGAUUUCAGUAGUAAAAUGUCUUUAGGCAGGCCUGACCUUAAAAUGCAGCUCUGCGUUCAGUGGAUUUCCUCUUCUGGGCCAAGUCCACUUCCCUACCUUUUGAACAUUUGUUACAGUAGAGAAGGAAAUGGUCUCCUUUAACACUUAUCCUGGAAGCUCACCCACCACCUUUUUGUUCUCAGUCUGUUUGAAGACCUAAACAGGGAUCUUUGGGGACCAGUGACAGCAAGAGAAGGAUCCAUUGGGGGUUGCUACCUGUGUAAAGGUACUAAUUGAUGAGUAUUUCCGUUCUUGGUGACUUUGGGUAGGGCAAGUGGAGAACACAGAGAAUGGUAACAUUCCAAAUAUUGAGACAAACAUUAUUCAUGCAUGACAGCUGACUGGAUAAUACAGAGUAAAGCCUAUAAGUAGCUGAGGUUCUAAACCAUACUAAUCUGUUCACUGCAACUUUUUUCUUUUAGCUGUAGUUGUCAGCCAAUAAGCCAUGCUAAUGCACUAGCCUCAGGAAUUAAUUUCAGCUUAGGAAAUGUUUCUCUCUGGCUUGUCGUAUGUGCCCAGAGUCUUGUCCUAGGCCUGCCCCUGAUGUUUCACUAGAACACAUACUUAAGUUGCAGCCUUACCUAAAUCAGUACUAUAGGUGUUGCUGUCUGUUCUGGUCAGUGAUUUAUUUAAAAGGCAAACAGUGAGAAAUGCCUAGCUGAUUGCAUCAAGGCCUGUUGAACCCAUGCAUCUGGAAGGGAGCUGUGGAGGCAACCUCUGGCUUGGUUCGACACUAGCGUUGAGCUUUAUAUUACAGAACAUUGGCCUGGGGCAGUAGUUCUCCACUUCGGCUGCACAUUAGAAUUGCCUGGGCCACCCCUAGACAUUCAUAUUUCACUAGUCUGUUGUUCUACUGGGAGUUUCAAAAGCUCCAGUGGGCUAAGAGGUAUAAAGGAGGCACUGGGCAUGCACAAGGCGCUGGGUCCAGUCCCCAGCAGCAGGACUUCUGAUGUGCAGCCAGGUGGGAUCACUGCCUCGGGAGCGCUGUCUUUGGCAGCUAGUUCUCUUCACCUGUGACACCCUUACUGACUUUCCAAGCAUGGCUCUCAGUGUACUUAAUAGUGGGCCUGGAUUCAGGUGGUAAAAUGAAUCAUCCACUGCUCAGAGCAAUUGUGGAGGAAGACAUUAUGAUCUACUCAAAUUCCUCUCUGUACCAAACACAAAAUGAGCAUAAGUAAGCAGAACAGACUCUCAAAGUUUGGUCUCUCAAAUCUUUCCUUUGCAUGUGUAAUUGAGCGGAGAGUUCUCAAGUUUGCUAGCUGAAAUAGAGCACUUGAAUGUAUUAAAAGAGCCACGCUGCCAAGGUAAAGAAGCAGGUGUUGUUAAGGUUCAUGCAGGAGAGGAAGGCUCCUGCCUGAGAUGACAGAUGCCGUGAUUGCUGCCUCUUGGCCUGUCUUCUAAGUGAGAUUUCUAAGUGAUUCACUUUUCUUUGUGAAUGAAAUCACUUGCUAAAGCUGAAAUAUUUCUGGAUAUUAUGAGAUGUGAAAUGAGUCAUAUAAGCAUCUUUGUCCUAGGAUCACAAAAGACCUAACGCAGUGAUUCUAAAAUGAGGUUCUGUGUCUUCCUUCUCCUCUAGGGCAGCAAAGAAGUUGUAAUAGCCACCGUCAUUUGUCUCCUGCCUAUAGUAUCUCUUGUCCAAUAGGAGGAAGUGGGGAGUUGUUUUAUUACCCAUAAAAAAGUGCGAACCAGUGUUCAGACUAAUUAGCUACCAAGUGACUUGUGAUUCAUGAAAGAAAUUUAUAUAAAAGCAACUUCAAGUAUAGCCAUCUCUUUUCUAAGAGUAUUCUGAAUCCCAUAGAAAAUUCCAUUUGCACAUGGCCUAUAAGUAAUUGAUCAUUUAAAGUUUAAAGUGGUGGUAUGUGCAAGAAGGAAGGAUAGCAUUAGGCCUUGCUGUUGCUUAAUGCAUAAAUGCUGCAAUGUCAGAGGCAGUGCCUCCAAUGCCUUAGAAGAUCUGCUAAAGGCUUCUUGUGUAUGGAUCAAAUAGAAAAGCAAUAGUCUUUGGAACUCCAAAAAGAGUAGCCCCUGGGGGUUUUCAUACUAGGGAAUGUUGUAGAGUACUGUGAACCCUUUGAACCUUAUGUAAUUAUUCUGCACUGGAUUUUAAGAUUGCAUGGGAUAGAGGAGAGGCGGACGGUAGGGAAGUGAGUCUAGGUAGAUGUGUGAGUAUGUGCUGUACUUGAGCAAGGAAUAAAACAAAUGCCUGAAAGGAAUUUAGGACUGCGAAGUUCAGUCAACUUCCUUUACCUUAAUGGGUUGGCUGGAUUCCUUUCGGAAACUGCUAGACAAUGUUAACCUGAUUGAAGUUCAUUAUCUUGCCCUAUCCCCUGCCCUCAACAAAAAAGCAUUCCCCAACUACAGGCAAAAGGAAUGUGUUCUGUGUAGGUCCACUAGCUUUUCAUCUACUGUGACCUGUGUUCACCUUUUUAGCUUGGUGCAUUAUUUUGUGCUCUGAUUGCAGAACUUAAAUGGACUUGAUAGUUCAGGCAGGAACCAAUGGCUUCCUUUUCCUUUAAGAAAUCUUAAAAUCAGGCUGGGGAUAUAACUCAGUGAUAGAGUGCUUGCCUAGCAUGCACAGGGUCCUGAGUUCCAUCCCCAGUACCCCCCCAAAAAAUAUUAAAAUCAGUAAAAGGAGUACAUUGGAAGAGCAUUCAGGUUUCCUGGUUUCUCAUAAUCUCAGGAUGGGACCCAUUCAUGCUCUGCCUCCAAGAGGUGAAGAGAAGGCUGAGGAGGCAAAGGGAGAAAAGUCAGUGUAGCAGAAGAGCAGUUUCCUCCAGAUGGACGUAGUCUGAAAGCAAUCUGCCAGCUGUUCUCUAUGGUGCUUACAUGGUGGGUGGCAGCUGUCUCCCACCUACUCUGUCCCUGGCACUGUGCCUUCCCCUGGUCACUGUGAAAUGCAGAUCACACUGGACUCAGAGGCCACAAUCCAGGACAAAUCCCCCUUCUCAUUAGAGCCCAUUACUUCUUAUAGCUGAAAAUGUAGCAUUUACUUCUCUUUGAGAAACUUGGGGUCCCCUCCCUAAGAAACAGUAAACUGUUUCAAAGAAAAGAGAAAAUAAGCCUCUGCUGUUAGCUAUCAAAGAAAGAGAUCCUAGGAAGAUUCUGCUCCCCCUCAGUUAGUACUGAUCACAGCAAGAAUCACCUGCGCCCCCUCCGCCUGCGCUUCUAGGGUUCCUGUAGUACUGGUAGACAAUGUAUCCUACGGCAGUUUCUCAUGACUCACUGAUCAAGGAGGAUUCGCAUUAAAACAGACAAUCACUUUCUAAAAUAUAAUCCCUGAAAGGGAAUGGGAUAGCUUAUUUUUAACUCUAGUUAAAAGAGUCUGUUUUUACACUUUGGAGAAAAAAAAAA